GUUGUGAGCUACUGGACUUCAAGUUAAUAUUAAGAAAAGCGAAUUCUAUAUUAUGUUACACGGGGUAAGGGUCUAUACUUCUCUAUCCUGGUCCGCACUAAGGCAGGUGAGUAUUACGUUAGUGUUCCUUGACCACAACGAAUGUAAUAAUGAAAUCCAACCCAUUCUUAUAUCCGUUGCCUUUGGUCCUGCCAUCCCUUACUUCCCUGCCAUCCCUGGGAUGGUUGUGAUGUUGGGGAUGGCUGCCAUCCCAAGGCGUCCUGCCAUCCCUCGGAUGGUUGCCCUUGGCGGGAUGGCACAUCACGUGACCUAG